UCAACUCCCCACGCGCAAGGGUCGUAGGCGGCACAAACUUUUGGUCAAUUGCUCUCCCUCUCUGUUUCUCCUCAUUUCUUGUCGCCGUUAAACCCUAACUUCCAAAUGAUCCUACACUCGGUACUAAUUUUUAGCUGGUAGCUUAGCUUGACGAGAAAUAGAUCGUCUGUGGAGAUGAAUACUACAACAACUCGGAACAAAUGGGCGGAAACAGUCAUCUUUUCGGGGAUCCUUUUGUAGCAUAUUGAAGUGGAUUUAUCUUAAGAAAUGGACAGGAAUCGUGUUCUUUUGAUGGGUCUUUUCCUGCUACUUGUGGCGGUUGAUUGCUCUCUUGACGAUACAAAGGUGGAUGUAACUGCAAAGAGUCGUUUAGAUUCAAAUAUAAAUUCCACCAUUGGAUCAAAUGUUGAAUCCGAUUUGGUUCAGAACUCUACUGGUGUAGACAUAGUAAAGGGAAAUGAAAAGCAUCAAUUGGAUGGAUCUAAGGAGGGAAUGGAGAAUGCCACAAAUAAGACUAAUUUAGAUGAUCAGCCGGCCGCAAAAGAAGCGGAUCAUGUUCAAAAGAGAGAGAUUGAUUUAAGUAAUCAAUCUAAAGGCCAGCAUGAUGAGAAAAAAGGGAAACCAGGUGAUAUAGUAGAACAAAAGGAAGGGACCAAAGAGAAGGGACAUGAGGUGAAAACAAAGUUCAGGACACCUUCGAGGAAAGAAGGGGCCCGUGGCGAGGAAUGUGAUCCAUCUAAUAUGUGUACGGAUGAGAAGGAUAAGUUUGUCGCAUGUCUAAGGGUUCCGGGAAAUGAGUCACCAGAUCUUUCCCUCUUAAUCCAGAACAAGGGGAAAAGCCCUCUUAACAUUAAAAUAUCUGCUCCUGACUUUGUCCGGUUAGAGAAAACUGAAGUUCAGCUUCAAGAGAAAGAAGACAGGAAGGUGAAGGUUUCUAUUAAAGAUGGAGGAACAGGUAACUUGAUUGUUUUAACAGCUGGAGAAGGCCAUUGCGGCCUUGAUUUCAAGGAUUUGAUUUCACGCAAUCUUGCAAAGGAAUCCCAUACUUCUACCCAGUCCACAUACAUAAUCCAUCAGUCACGGAUCCCUGUUAUUGCAUUUGUUAUCUUUGCUUCCCUUCUGAUUCUGGCAUCAGCUUGGAUGUACAUGACUUUUCGUCGUAGGCAGGUCUCAAGCAAUGUUGGUAAAUACCAAAGGCUUGAUAUGGAGUUCCCAGAUUGUGGGGGGACAAAGGCAGACUCGGACACGAAUGAUGGAUGGAAUGACAGUUGGGGUGAUAGUUGGGAUGACGAGGAAGCUCCCAAAGCACCCACAACGCCUGUUACUCCAAGUCUUUCCUCCAAGGGCCUUGCUUCUCGACGGCUGAACAAGGAGGGAUGGAAGGAUUAGUCAACCUCCGUUUCAUCAUAGAACGACAAAGAAAGGGAGAGAGAGAGAGAUGGUUGACAUAGGUUCUUCAUCAAAUUGUUUGUUUAAAAUUUACAGGUACACCUUAUAUUUCCUGAUAAACAUGAUAGAAGAUCAACACGAUGUAUUGCAUUUCAGUUGUUGAUGUUGAUGAUAAACACUUUUGAGUUCUUGCAUUGCUGGGUUUAUUUUUAGUGGACAAUAAGCAGUGAGUAGGGUCCUGGGAACCCAGUGAUGAGUUCUUAUUUGUAAAUGAUUUAUGCUGGGAGCUGCAUAUAUGGAAGUUAACUGGUGACA